UUCUGCGUCAAACCCGACUUCAGGGGCCGUCGUAAAAGUGUCGCCCCUCGUUUCUUGGACCGGCCACAGGUUUCCGCUCGUCUCCGGCCGGGGGUCUGGAACUGCGGGUGUCAGUUUCCCUCAAGAUGGCGGACGAGGAGGCCGGGGGUGCGGAGAGGAUGGAAGUCAGUACCGAGUUGCCUCAGACCCCUCAGCUCCUGGCAUCUUGGUGGGAUCAGCAAGUUGAUUUUUAUACUACUUUCUUGCACCAUUUGGCACAAUUGGUGCCAGAAAUUUAUUCUGCUGAAAUGGACCCAGAUUUGGAAAAGCAGGAGGAGAGCAUACAAAUGUCCAUAUUCACCCCACUGGAAUGGUACUUAUUUGGAGAAGAUCCAGAUAUUUGCUUAGAGAAAUUGAAACACAGUGGAGCAUUUCAACUCUGUGGGAAGGUUUUCAAAAGUGGAGAGACAACAUAUUCUUGUAGGGACUGUGCAAUUGACCCAACAUGUGUACUCUGUAUGGACUGCUUCCAGAAUAGUGUUCAUAAAAAUCAUCGUUACAAGAUGCAUACUUCUACUGGAGGGGGAUUUUGUGACUGUGGAGACACAGAGGCAUGGAAAACUGGCCCUUUUUGUGUAAGUCAUGAACCUGGAAGAGCAGGUACUACAAAAGAGAAUUUACGUUGUCCAUUGAAUGAAGAGGUAAUUGCCCAAGCCCGGAAAAUAUUCCCUUCAGUGAUAAAAUACAUUGUAGAAAUGACUAUAUGGGAAGAGGAAAAAGAACUGCCUCCUGAACUCCAGAUAAGGGAGAAAAAUGAAAGAUACUAUUGUGUCCUUUUCAAUGAUGAACACCAUUCAUAUGACCAUGUCAUAUACAGUCUACAAAGAGCUCUUGACUGUGAGCUCGCAGAGGCCCAGUUGCAUACCACUGCCAUAGACAAAGAGGGUCGUCGGGCUGUCAAAGCAGGUGCUUUUGCUGCUUGCCAAGAGGCAAAGGAAGAUAUAAAGAGUCAUUCAGAAAAUGUCUCUCAACAUCCACUUCAUGUAGAAGUAUUACACUCUGAAGUUAUGGCUCAUCAGAAAUUUGCUUUGCGUCUUGGCUCCUGGAUGAACAAAAUUAUGAGCUAUUCAAGUGACUUUAGACAGAUCUUUUGCCAGGCAUGCCUUAGAGAAGAACCUGGCUCUGAGAAUCCCUGUCUCAUAAGCAGAUUAAUGCUUUGGGAUGCAAAGCUUUAUAAAGGUGCCCGUAAGAUCCUUCAUGAAUUGAUCUUCAGCAGUUUUUUUAUGGAGAUGGAAUACAAAAAAUUCUUUGCUAUGGAAUUUGUGAAGUAUUAUAAACAGCUGCAAAAAGAAUAUAUCAGUGAUGAUCAUGACAGAAGUAUCUCAGUAACUGCACUCUCAGUUCAGAUGUUUACUGUUCCUACUCUGGCUCGACAUCUUAUUGAAGAACAGAAUGUUAUCUCUGUCAUUACUGAAACCCUGCUAGAAGUUUUGCCUGAAUACUUGGACAGGAACAAUAAAUUCAACUUCCAGGGUUAUAGCCAGGACAAAUUGGGAAGAGUAUAUGCAGUAAUAUGUGAUUUAAAGUAUAUCCUAAUCAGCAAGCCCACAGCAUGGACAGAAAGAUUAAGAAUGCAGUUCCUUGAAGGUUUUCGGUCUUUUUUGAAGAUUCUUACCUGUAUGCAGGGAAUGGAAGAAAUCAGAAGACAGGUUGGGCAACACAUAGAAGUGGAUCCUGACUGGGAGGCUGCCAUUGCUAUACAGAUGCAAUUAAAGAAUAUUUUACUCAUGUUCCAAGAGUGGUGCGCUUGUGACGAAGAGCUCUUACUCGUGGCUUAUAAGGAAUGUCACAAAGCUGUGAUGAGGUGCAGUACAAGUUUUAUAUCUAGUAGCAAGACAGUAGUACAAUUGUGUGGUCAUACUCUGGAAACUAAGUCCUACAGAGUAUCUGAAGAUCUUGUAAGCAUACAUCUGCCACUCUCUAGGACUCUUGCUGGUCUUCAUGUGCGUUUAAGCAGGCUGGGAGCUGUUUCAAGACUGCAUGAAUUUGUGCCUUUUGAGGACUUUCAAGUAGAGGUACUAGUGGAAUAUCCUUUGCGUUGUCUGGUAUUGGUUGCCCAGGUUGUUGCUGAGAUGUGGCGAAGAAAUGGGCUCUCUCUCAUUAGCCAGGUAUUUUAUUACCAAGAUGUUAAGUGCAGAGAAGAAAUGUAUGAUAAAGAUAUCAUUAUGCUUCAGAUUGGUGCAUCUUUAAUGGAUCCCAAUAAGUUCUUGUUACUGGUACUUCAGAGGUAUGAACUUGCUGAUGCUUUUAAUAAGACUAUAUCCACAAAAGACCAGGAUUUGAUUAAACAAUAUAAUACAUUAAUAGAAGAAAUGCUUCAAGUCCUCAUCUAUAUUGUAGGAGAGCGUUAUGUACCUGGAGUGGGAAAUGUGACCAAAGAAGAGGUCACAAUGAGAGAAAUUAUUCACUUGCUUUGUAUUGAACCCAUGCCACAUAGUGCCAUUGCCAAAAAUUUACCUGAGAAUGAAAAUAAUGAAACUGGCUUAGAGAAUGUCAUUAACAAAGUGGCCACAUUUAAGAAACCAGGUGUGUCCGGCCAUGGAGUUUAUGAACUGAAAGAUGAAUCAUUGAAAGACUUCAAUAUGUACUUUUAUCAUUAUUCCAAAACACAGCAUAGCAAGGCGGAACAUAUGCAGAAAAAAAGGAGAAAACAAGAAAACAAAGAUGAAGCAUUACCACCACCACCACCUCCUGAAUUCUGCCCUGCUUUCAGCAAAGUGGUUAACCUUCUCAAUUGUGAUAUCAUGAUGUACAUUCUCAGGAUCAUAUUUGAGCGGGCAAUUGACACAGAUUCUAACUUGUGGACUGAAGGAAUGCUUCAGAUGGCAUUUCAUAUUCUGGCAUUGGGUUUACUAGAAGAAAAGCAGCAGCUUCAAAAAGCUCCUGAAGAAGAAGUGACAUUUGAUUUUUACCAUAAGGCUUCAAGAUUGGGAAGUUCAGCCAUGAAUGCUCAGAAUAUACAAAUGCUUUUGGAAAAACUCAAAGGAAUUCCCCAGUUAGAAGGCCAGAAGGACAUGAUAACAUGGAUACUCCAGAUGUUUGACACAGUGAAGCGAUUAAGAGAAAAAUCUUGUUUAAUUGUAGCAACUACAUCAGGAUCAGAAUCUAUUAAGAAUGAUGAGAUUACUCAUGAUAAAGAAAAAGCAGAACGGAAAAGAAAAGCUGAAGCUGCUAGACUGCACCGCCAGAAGAUCAUGGCUCAGAUGUCUGCCUUACAGAAAAACUUUAUUGAAACUCACAAACUCAUGUAUGACAGCACCUCGGAAAUGUCUGGGAAAGAAGACUCCAUUAUGGAGGAAGAGAGCACCCCAGCAGUCAGUGACUACUCUAGAAUUGCUUUGGGUCCUAAACGGGGUCCGACUGUUACUGAAAAGGAGGUGCUGACAUGCAUCCUCUGCCAAGAAGAACAAGAGGUGAAAAUAGAAAAUAAUGCCAUGGUAUUAUCGGCCUGUGUCCAGAAAUCCACCGCCUUAACCCAGAACAGGGGAAAACCUAUAGAACUCUCAGGGGAAACCGUGGACCCCCUUUUCAUGGAUCCAGACUUAGCAUAUGGAACUUACACAGGAAGCUGUGGUCAUGUAAUGCAUGCGGUGUGCUGGCAGAAGUAUUUUGAAGCUGUGCAACUGAGCUCUCAGCAGCGCAUUCAUGUUGACCUUUUCGAUUUGGAGAGUGGAGAAUAUCUUUGCCCUCUUUGCAAGUCUCUGUGUAAUACUGUGAUCCCCAUUAUUCCUUUGCAACCUCAAAGGAUAAACAGUGAGAAUGCAGAAGCUCUUGCUCAACUUUUGACCCUGGCGCAAUGGAUACAGACUGUUCUGGCCAGAAUAUCAGGUUAUAAUAUGAAACAUGCCAAAGGAGAAAACCCAGCAAUUCCAGUCUUACUGGACCAAGGAAUGGGCGAUUCCACUUUUGAGUUCCAUUCUAUCCUCAGUUUUGGAAUUCAGCCUUCGAUAAAAUAUUCUAAUAGCAUCAAGGAAAUGGUCAUUCUCUUUGCUACAACAAUUUAUAGAAUUGGACUGAAAGUACCUCCUGAUGAAACGGAUCCUCGAAUCCCCAUGAUGACCUGGAGCACGUGUGCUUUCACUAUCCAGGCAAUUGAAAACCUCUUGGGAGAUGAAGGAAAACCUCUGUUUGGAGCACUUCAAAAUAGACAGCAUAAUGGUCUGAAAGCAUUAAUGCAGUUUGCCAUUGCGCAGAAGAUUACCUGUCCUCAGGUCCUGAUACAGAAACAUCUGGUUCGUCUCCUAUCAGUUGUUCUCCCUAGCCUAAAAUCAGAAGAUACACCUUGCCUCCUAUCUAUAGAUCUCUUUCAUGUUUUGGUCGGUGCUGUGUUAGCAUUUCCAUCCUUGUAUUGGGAUGACACUGUUGAUUUGCAGCCUUCGUCAAUUAGUUCUUCCUAUAACCACCUUUAUCUCUUCCAUUUGAUCACUAUGGCACACAUGCUUCAGAUCCUUCUUACCACAGACACAGAUCUUCCCCUUGCUCAGGUUCAAGAAGAGAGUGAAGAGGCUCGUUCUGCAUCUUCUUUCUUGGCAGAAGUUUCUCAAUAUACAAAUGGCUGCAUUGGAUGUGGUGUUCCUGGCUGGUAUUUGUGGGUCUCAUUGAAGAAUGGCAUCACCCCUUACCUUCGCUGUGCUGCACUGUUUUUCCACUAUUUACUUGGAGUAACUCCACCUGAAGAACUGCUUACCAAUCCUGCAGAAGGAGAGUACAGUGCACUCUGUAGCUAUCUAUCUUUACCCACAAAUUUGUUCCUGCUUUUUCAGGAAUAUUGGGAUACUGUAAGACCCCUCCUCCAGAGGUGGUGUGCAGAUCCUGCGUUACUAAACUGUUUGAAGCAGAAAAGCACCGUAGUCAGAUACCCUAGAAAAAGAAAUAGUUUGAUAGAGCUUCCUGAUGACUAUAGCUGUCUCCUAAAUCAAGCUUCUCAUUUCAGGUGCCCACGGUCUGCAGAUGAUGAGCGAAAGCACCCUGUCCUCUGUCUUUUCUGUGGAGCCAUACUGUGUUCUCAGAACAUUUGCUGCCAAGAAAUUGUGAAUGGGGAAGAGGUUGGAGCUUGCAUUUUUCAUGCACUUCACUGUGGAGCUGGAGUCUGCAUUUUCUUAAAAAUCCGAGAAUGCAGAGUAGUCCUGGUUGAAGGUAAAGCCAGAGGCUGUGCCUAUCCAGCCCCUUACUUGGAUGAAUAUGGAGAAACAGACCCUGGCCUGAAGAGGGGCAACCCCCUUCAUUUAUCUCGUGAGCGGUACCGGAAGCUCCAUUUGGUGUGGCAACAACACUGCAUUAUAGAAGAGAUUGCUAGGAGCCAGGAAACUAAUCAGAUGUUAUUUGGAUUCAACUGGCAAUUAUUGUGAGCUUCAACUCUGCCUUGGGACAAUCACAAAUGAAGACAGUAAUGAAGACUGAUUCAAAAUUAUGGAGAUCUUUCUGAGGGCUGGGGAGGGGUUGGAGGGUCUUUUGCUCUAUGUCCAGAUUCACAUACAUCAAUAAAAUAUUCCUUAACGGAGUAUUGCUUUCAAUUAGUGAAAAUAUGCUUAAAGGAGAAAAAGGACAUUGAUUAAUCUGUUUUAUGUUCCAGAACACUAAAAAAUGCUUCUUUACCCCAAGUGUCUGAUUCUGCUAUCUCCAGAAAACUCAUUUCCCUUCCUAAUCUGUCCCACUUCAUUUCAUUUCAUUCACCUGGUAAAUGUAGUCACAUUAAGCAGUUGUGGACGUUUUUAUAUGUUGGUUAACUCUUCUACAGUUUUGUAUUUGGUAUUUCCCACACACACCCAGGUUUAGUUUAGCUGAUGUUGGAACACUGACAGGACUCUAAUCUGUGGUAGUCUUCCUUGCAGCUAAACAGGAAUUGCAGAAACCAUGCAGUAUACUUCAAUUGAGAAAGUUUCCAAAAGAGUAAAUUUUUUUUAUUAUUUCUCUUUUAAGGAAAUACCUCUACUGUGCCACUUACUGUUUCAGCCAGAAAUUAAACAAAUCUUUCUCUGGGCAAAGUUGCCAUUUCUAAGGAAAAUUUCUGCUAGUGUGGAAAAGCUUUUUUCGCACUGUGGACCUCAAGAACAGGAUAGGAUAGGAUAAUGUAUUCAUUAUUCAUCCCUCAUGGGCCAAAGAAACUAUAGUCCUCACCUCUUACCACAAAUAGCUUUGCUGAGUUUUGAAACUAUACUUUCUAUUUUCCAAAGGCAAAUUUCUAAAAUGAGUUCACUUAUCUCUUGUUUGUGGCACCAUCCUAUUUGACUCUUAAAAACCUGAUGCAGUUCUGAUAUAAGCUAUCUCUAGAAUGAGGAUAAGAAAAUUCCCCCAAUGAAUGGAGCAUGGCAGCUGUCAAUUAGAACAAUCAGACUGAAGCCAAUUCUGUAACUUUCUAUGUCUUUGUAAAAGAUAAAUCCUUCAAUUGUUAUCUGUGUGCAACCUUUUCAUAAACUCUGGUUUUAUGACUAGUACAGACAACCAAAAAAGCCAUGUGAUCAGUGGUCAUGUGUCCUGUUAUAAUAUGCUGUGGUUGAGCCAUCUUGUUUAUAAAUAAUAGAGUUCUCCAAAAUGUGUGCAUAGACUUCUUGAUUUUGGGCUUUAACUUUUUAUAUCGAGAACUUGUGAUAUAAACAGCAGACAGAAGAUGAAUUGAAACCUUCCAUUUUAGCUUCUGUUGUCUCUGGAGUAAUGUUAGGAAUUUGAAAGAUGCAUUCAAAGACCAUCUGAUUUUGCCUUUGGUGACUAUCGUCCUAUAUGUGUGUGAAUGUUUUCCUAUCUUCUUUUUGCUCAGCAAAGGCAAACAAAUAAAAAUACAUUUGCAAAGUGAUGAUGCACAUUUGGGGUUAGAUUUUUUGGUAUUUUUAUGUAAAGAAAAGGUGGGCUUUGCAGUAAAGGAUUGGCAUGAACAGGCAUCAGAAUCACAAUCAUGAUUAUCUACUUGAAUAAUUAUUAUUCAGAAGGUAUCAGGAAACAGAUACAAUUCCACUGAACAAUUUGUAACAAGUGAUGAGUGAGGAUCAGAAAAUUCAGUAUUCAGCUUGUCCAAUUUACCAGUAUGAUUAAAUGAUUAGAACAUUUCCCUUUAUUUCUGAUAGAAAUAAUGGGUGGAUUGUCUGGGAAAUCUGAGCCAGAAUAGGCAACAGAAGAUGCUGACUUCUGCCCUGAUUGGCCCCGGUUUAGCAAAGAUAAACUGACUUUUUAUUUCUAGUCUUUUUAUAUUCACUUCAUAAACCCUGGGGUUAAGCUCUUAAGCUGCCAGAGGGACUACCCUGUAAUGGCCAGUCAGACCUUCAUUGCCAAAGAACACAUUUCAUAUUGAGCUCCACUUUUGAGAUUGACUCAGACCCCUGCACUGGAGAUGAAUAUGUGUCUCAGUGCUGCCCCCAGCCCUAGGGAUUUCUAAUUAUAUUCAAAUAUCAUAAUGGUUUGCCUUCAUCAUUGCAAACAAUUUAAUCAUGCUUAUGGAGUUUACUUACAAAUGAGCAAAAAGUCACUUUAUUUUCAUUAGUGUAGUAUGUGGAGGAACUGGUUCAACAGGAUGGCUCCAAAACUGUGUUUUUCUAAUGUUUUUGGUGAGGGGCUGACAGGAAUUUUAAUGAUAGAGUGAAGAAAAACAUAUAUCUGUAUAAUUAAUUUAUUUUGCUGGUGUAUGGGUUGUGAGUUCACCUGUUAGUGGUCAUUUGUCAUUUCAUAACAACUAUGCAUUUGGUUCACUGUGAUGAUGAUCUAUAUCUAGUGACUGCAACAUGUUUAUACCACUGAUUCAAAUUCCAUCCAUGAUGAAGUUAUACAAAUAAUGCAUAUAUUGAUAUCUUUUAUUGCAAAAUGUAAAUUUAAAACUUGUAUAAUGUUCUUGUGCUUUUUGAAAUAAAAUAUAUGUGUAUAUUUACAAAGAAAAAAGGGACUUCUCAUGUUUGGGGAUUUGGGUUUGAAGUAUAAAAAUCUGUACCUAGAAAGGAGCUCUAAUUAAAUGUUACCUCUGCCAGCCCAGACAAAUUCUUUAAAACACAUAGGUAUUGGGGCGCCUGGGUGGCAAGUUGGUUAAGCAUCUGCCUUUGGCUUAGGUUGUGAUCCCAGGGAUCUUGUCAUCCUGGGAUGGAGUCCCAUAUCAGGCUCCCUGCUCCGCGGGAAGCCUGCUUCUCCCUCUCCCUCUGCCUGCCGCUCCCCCUGCUUGUGCUCUCUCUGUCUCUCUGACAAAUAAAUAAAAAUCU